CGAAAAGUGUUGAGUUUAACAUUAAAUUAGAUUAAAGAGAAGAAUACACGAGCAAAAUGCAGGGCGUCUCCAAGAACAAACUAUCCGAACUCCAAACGAUAAUAACUCGGAUGCCACUAGAAGUGUUCUGUGUGACCGCACUCCCUGAGUUUGGAGUGCGAUGGAGGGAACUGUCGAAGGCUGUGCGCAAUGCCCGGUUACCCAUGCAGCCGGCCAGUGUAGCUAGAGUGCUGUGCAGGCAUGUCUCCAAGGCAUUAACGAUUGAUGAAAUUGAAGAUAUUGUUGCACGGUUGCGUUUGAAAUUGGUAGCAACUCAGCCUCGCACGUGGCAUGUGAUAAGACUGUCGGAGAAGACCACGGAAGAACCGGUCACCGUCACAAUCAGAACAGCGCCCGCCAGGAUCACACAGGCGUUGCGGAAGAGCAAGAAGACUAUGAGACCAGAGGUACAGACAGUUCUCCUUGGCGAUAUGCUGUACCUCAGCAUACAAUUAGUAUCAGAACACAAGUCGGGCUCCGCCCUCUACGUGGCGACGCCCCCCGGUGAGCCCGUCGCUUUGGUCUCCAGCGUGAACAUGGUUGGAUUGAUAAAAGCUACAGUUGAAGGACUAGGCUAUAAAGCGUACGAAAUCGCCGACUUACACGGUCGAGACAUACCGUCCUUACUCCGCAUAAAUGACCGAGCUUGGAACGCGAACGCUGACCAACUAGCAGAAAUACCCGAAUACGCUCCGACCCCAAUAAUCACCGAAACUGGAAUAGACUACACUUACAAAGCCUACGACGAAAACUACGUUGAAAACAUUCUCGGACCGGAUCCCCCGAAAAUAACGGAUUUAACGAUAAAAACAUCGAAACCCUUCUUCGAUGCAAGUCGGUUAAAUAAAAAUAUUAAUAUAACGAUCAAUAUAAAGACGGACGAUUUGGCCAGAUCGUUGAAAUCUUGGGUGUCGAAAGGUGCCAUAGCUCCUACAUCGGAUUUAAUUAAAAUCUUCCAUCAAAUUAAAAGUAACAAGAUUAGUUAUAGCAGGGAUGAUGAUUAAGUCCCUUUUUUUGUAAUUUGAC